AUGAUGAUUCUUGUAUUAGCAAUUUGCGCGUGUUUAACUACAGUUUUAGCUGAGAAACAUGAUAUAUAUGAAGGAUUCUCGGUCUAUGGCGUCCACUUACGCGAUACAUCCGACCAAGAUAUUAUAGAUAAUUUAGAAGUAGAACUGAACGUUGAUAUCUGGAACCAUGGUGCUUUGAAAGUAAGAGAUGCCUUAGUUAUGGUGUCUCCAGAGAAGAAAGCUGCUUUUCUGGAUAUAUUGAAUGCACGUGGCAUGAAACACUAUCUUCAUCUCGCUAAUGUUGCUAAAUCUCUCAAAGAGUCAGACGUGGAAAUGUCCCGCUGGCUGCAGACCAGGUCUAACAGGCAAGCGCCGUAUUUAAGUUAUCCUAGACAUGCUGAGGUUAAUGAAUACAUGGAGAUGAUAGCAAGGGAGUACCCUAACCUGGUGACCUUAGUGACCGCAGGACCGAGCUUCGAGGGAAGACCUGUAAAUUACUUGAAGAUAUCUACUUCAAACUUUACAAACACCAGCAAACCUAUAUACUUUCUGAAUGCGGCCCUGCACGCCAGGGAGUGGGUGGUUGUACCUGUAGCUCUCUACACUGUGCAUCGAUUAGUAGAAGAUCUGAGGGAAGAGGACAGAGACCUAUUGGAGAAUAUUGACUGGAUCAUCCUACCCGUAGCGAACCCAGAUGGAUAUGAAUUCUCUCAUACUGAUAAUCGUCUGUGGCGUCGUACUAGGUCUUACAAUCCUGCCGUUAGUACCGAGUGUCGAGGAGUUGACGCUAACCGUAACUUUGAUUUUAACUUCAACACGACCGGCGUCUCCACAAACCCUUGCUCUGACGUCUACCCAGGAACCCACGCAUUUUCGGAGCCAGAAACAGGAUAUGUAAGAGAUAUUCUUCAAGAGAAUAUUAACCGUAUACAAACAUUUCUAGACGUGCAUAGUUUUGGCAAUUAUGUACUAUUUCCGUAUGGUAACUCCACUUUACCACCAAAUGCCCCACAGUUGCAUGUAGUCGGAGCGGCAAUGGGAGCUACAAUGGACGCCAAGAAAAUAGCAAAAGCUCCUUAUUAUUUGGUUGGGAACAGUGAACUAGCACUAUAUGGUGCUUCCGGUGCCGCUGAUUGCUACAGUCAGUCGGUUGGUGUACCGCUCUCCUUCACUAUAGAGCUACCCGGAUAUGAGUACGAUUUCCGCGUGCCUCCACAAUAUCUCGAUCAAAUUAUUACAGAGACAUGGGACGGAAUAGCUGUGACAGCUCGAAUAAGCCACAUGCUGUCAAGGACUAAUAAC